AUUCUCCUCUAGUAAUUUGAUUGUAUCAGGUCACCGAUUUAGAUCCUUGAUCCACUGUGAGUCGAUUUUUGUAUAAAGUGUAAGGUGGGGUCUUGUUUCAUACUUCUGCCUACAGAGACCCAGUUUUCCCAGCAUCACUUGUUGAAGAGACCGUCCUUGCUCCAGGGAUUGGUUUGAGUUCUUUGUCAAAGAUUUAUUUAUUUAUUUGAGAGGCAGAGUUACGGACAACAAGAAGUCUUCCACUCGCUGGUUCACUCCCCAAAUGGCUGCAACAGCCAGGGCUGGGUCAUUCUGAAGCCAGGAGCCGGGAGCUUCUUCCGGGUCACCCAGAUGCUCCCCAGGAAGAAAGACGACAUGUGUUUCCAAGCCAGGGCGCUCCCUCUGCCUGCAGUCUCCUGAGAUUCCUGCCAGCCUCGGGUUGGAGAAGCUGCCCCGUCCCCACUGGGCGAAGCCAGGACCUCAGAAAUGACCGAGUCCUAUGUGAAGAAGCUGUCCUACCCCCUGCUGGAGGCGGUCACGGACAAGGACCCUGCUGUGCAGGAGCAGGUGUGCAGGGCCCUGUGCUCCCUUGGGGAGGUGCAGCCCGCGGAGAUGCUGUGUGCCUGUGAGGAGUUCCUGCGGCACCGGGACAAGUUGGCGCACCCAUACCGCGCGAUGGUCCUGAGGGCUAUGGAGACGGUCCUGAGCAGUCACACCUGCAGGCUGGACAAGGACACGGCCAGCACCGUCCUCCUCCUGGCCUCCAGCGAGAUGACCAAGACCAAGGAGCUGUUCUGUGAGUGGCAGCAGGCGGCAAGCAGUGUGCUGGUGGCCGUGGGGAAGCAUUUCAUCAACCCCGUGAUGGAGGAGGUGCUGAGCAAGUUCCAGCCUGGGGUCCUGCCGCACCCUCUCGUGGUGCAGACGCUGGCCAGCCUCGCCGUUUCCAACGUGUUCGGCACCGUCCCUUUCCUGCCGUCCGUCCUGAGCACCAUGCUGCCCAUGCUGGGGAUGGCCAAGCACGACACCAUGCGGGCUGUGCUCUGCUGCGCCCUGCAGCGCUUCAGCGAGAGUGCCCUGGAGUACCUUGCCAACCUGGACCAGGCCCCAGACCCCACGGUCAGGAAGGACACCUUCGCCGCUGACCUCGCCAGUGCCUAUGACGUUCUCUUCCACCACUGGCUGCAGAGUCGAGAAGCCAAGCUCCGGCUCGCUGUGGUAGAGGCUCUGGGGCCCAUGAGCCACCUGCUGCCCGGGGAGAAGCUGGAGGAGCAGCUCCCCAAACUCCUACCCGGGGUCCUCGCCCUCUACAAGAAGCAUGCAGAAGCCUUCCACGUGUCCAAGAGCCUGGGCCAGAUCCUCGAGGCGGCCGUGAGUGUGGGCAGCCGCUCGCUGGAGGUCCAGCUCGACACCCUCCUGGCCGCUCUGCAUGCACAGAUCUGUGUGCCCGUGGAGUCCUCCAGCCCCCUGGUGCAGAGCAACCAGAAGGAGGUGCUGCGCUGCUUCACUGUGCUGGCCUGCUGCUCGCCUGACCGCCUGCUGGCCUUCCUGCUGCCCAAGCUGGACACCAGCAAUGAGAGGCUCCGUGUGGGCAGUCUGCAGAUCCUGAGGCACGUCAUCAACUCGGCGGCUGCUCAAAUGGAAGUUAAGAAGCCAUUUAUUCUCUCUUCCAUGAGGCUCCCUCUUCUUGACACCAACAACAAGGUGAAGCGGGCUGUGGUGCAGGUGAUCAGCGCCAUGGCCCACCACGGCUACCUGGAGCAGCCUGGAGGCGAGGCAAUGAUUGAGUACAUCGUGCAGCAGUGCGCUCUGCCCCCCGAGCAGGAGCUGGACCCUGGCACUGAGGACGCCCCGGCCGACAGCGUGCGGGCAGUCAGCGUGCGCACCCUCUACCUGGUCAGCACCACCGUGGACAGGAUGAGCGAUGUUCUCUGGCCGCACCUGCUCGGGUUCCUCACCCCUGUCCGCUUCACCGGGGCCCUGACUCCACUCUGCAGAAGCCUCGUGCAUCUGGCCCUGAAGAGGCAGGAGGCGGGGGCCGACGCCUUCCUCAUCCAGUCCGAGGCCCACGUGACCCUCCCGUCUCCCUAUGCCAUCACCACGAGACUCCUGGCUGUGUCUUGCAACCCCUACCUGGGGGAUGGGCGUGGGGUGGCCUCACUGCGCCUCCUGCACGUGCUGCACCCCAGUAUCCACCCUCUGCUGGGUCAGCACUGGGAGAGCGCCGUGCCCCUGCUGCUGAAGCACCUGGACGAACACACGGAGGAGACUCUGUCCCCGAAGGAGUGGGAGGCGAGGCUGCUGAUGUUUCUGCAGGACACCCUGGCUGUGGUUUCUGACAACACGUGGAUUUGCCAGCUGAGCCUGGAGAUGUGCAAACAGCUGCCCUGCUACAACGGCGCGCCCCGGGAGAAGAACUUCUUGUAUAAGUGCAUAGGAGCCACCCUGCGUGCUGCUUCAAGUAGGGAGGUGGUGAGGAAGCACCUGCGCGAGCUGCUGGAGACGGCCAGAUACCAGGAGGAGGCAGAGCACGAGGGCCUGGCCUGUUGCUUUGGAAUCUGUGCCGUUUCCCACCUCGAGGACACCCUGGCGCAGCUGGAAGACUUCGUCAGGUCGGAUAUGUCUCGGAAGUCCAUCGGCAUUUUCAACAUAUUUAAGGAUCGAAGCGAGAGUGAGGCGGACAGGGUGAGGAGUGCGCUGGUGCUGUGCUAUGGGCACGUGGCCUCGCAGGCACCCCGUGAGCUGCUGCUGGCCAAGGUGGAGUCCGACAUCCUCCGGAACAUGUUCCAGGUCUUCAGCACCAAGGUUCUGGGAAUAAAGAUAGAGAGCAAGGACCCCGCCUUGAAGCAGUGCCUGGUCCAGGGCCUGUGCAUGGUGAGCCAGGCUGUUCACAGCAGCGUGCAGGCCGACAGCUUCCAGUUCUCCAAAAAAGCCGAGCUGGUGGCGCAGCUGCUGGAGUUCAUCAGGGCAGAGCCCCCAGACUCCCUGAGAACACCCAUUCGGAAGACAGCCAUGCUUACCUGUGCCUGCCUGGUCUCCCUGGAGCCGGCACUGGAGGAGCAGGCUCAGGCAGAUGUGGCCCACGGCUGCCUGCACAGUGUCAUGGCCCUGCCGCCGGAGCCCCAGGAGCUCCUGUAUCUGGACACCAUGCGUGCCCUGGAGAACUUGCUGACGAGCCUGCUGCGAAGAAACAUGACGCCCCAGGGCCUGCAGGUCAUGGUCGAGCACCUGAGCCCGUGGAUCAAGUCCCCCAGGGCCCAUGAGCGGGCCCGCGCACUCGCCCUGAGCGCCAGCCUGCUGCGCUACUUCCUGGAGCACCUGCGUGUCAGCGCCUUGGUGCCCUUCCACAACCUGGGCCUCCUGGUCGGCCUCUUCUCGCCACGAUGCGCAGACCCGUGGCCUGCCAGCCGCCAGGAGGCUGUGGACUGCGUGUACUCCCUGCUCUAUCUCCAGCUGGCCUAUGAGGGCUUCUCUCGAGACCACCAGGAUGACGUGGCUGAGCAGCUGCCCCCACUCAAAGACGGCCUUGUGCACCCAGACCCUGCCACCCUCUUCCACUGCUGCCACAGCAUAGCCCAGGUCAUUGCCAAGCGCCUCCCGCCAGACCAGCUCAUCAGCCUCUUGCUGACCAUGUUCGAGGGCCUGGGAGACCCGGACAAGAACUGCUCUCGAGCCGCCACGGUCAUGAUCAACUGCCUGCUGCAGGAGCGGGGCAGCGCGCUGUUGGAGAAGGUCCCCGAGAUCGUGAGCGUGCUGCGCUGCAAGCUGCGGGAGGCGCAGGAGGCGCACGUCCUGCCGGCCGCCCAGCACAGCGUGUACCUGCUGGCCACCCAGCACUGCGCCGCCGUGGUGUCCAGCCUCCUGGGCAGCCCCUUGCCCUUUGACAGCCACACCUGUGCCUUGUGGCGGGCACUGGCCGUGGAGCCCAGCCUCAGCGGCCCGGUCCUGAGACUGCUCCUGGACAAGAUGAGCAAGGACGUGCCCUUCAAGGAGAGCCGGACCUUCCUGCCGGGCACUGCCCCUGACCGUGUGGCCACACUACUGCCCCUUGCGGCCACCUGCGCGCUCCGUGAGGUCGUGUCUGCCCCGGCGUCGGCGCCCGCGGUGCUGGAGCUCUACCCACAGCUGUUUGUGGCCCUCCUGCUGCGGGUCAGCAGCACCGUGGGUGUCCAGCUGCCUCGGAACCUGCAGGCCAAGGAGAGGAGGGCCGCCAGCACGGCUCCAGGGAGCUUCGAGCCCUGCAGGCCUAAUGGUGACCACUGCGGCUGCUGGCUCUGGGUUUGGGUGGGUCCUUCGGCCACCCCACAUGGCACUGCCAUACCCCAGGACUGGCUCAAACCCCAGCAAAGCUCUGCCGUGGACGCCCUGCGGGCCGUGCUGCUCCAAGGGGGCAGCAAGGACGUGGAGCAGUGCAUGGAGAUGGAGGGAGGCUGGGCACUGCUCAGGACUUCUGCAGGGCACGAAGAGGGGGUCACCCGGCUGGCCAGUGCCAUGGCCAAGCACGCAGGCCCCCGGCUGCCCCUGGUGAUGAAGUCCCUGGCAUGCAUGCAGGGCAGCCUGUACGAGGUGCAGCGGGUCACCUCCACCGCCUUCCUGGCCGAGCUGCUGAGCAGCAGCGUGGCGGACGACCUGACGCUUCUCGAGUCGCUGCUGGACAGCCUGGCGGCCCGGCAGCAGGACCCCUGUGCCGGUGUGCGGCGGCUGGUGCUCCGCGGGAUGUCCAACGUGGCCUCGGGCUCCCCUGACAAGGUGCGGGCUCACGGCCCCCAGCUGCUCACAGCCAUGGUCGGCGGGCUGGACGACGGGGACCACACACACAGCCCGGUUGCCCUGGAGGCCAUGGCGGGCCUGGCGCGGCUGGUGGAGCUGGUGGAGACGCGGGAGCUGCGCGCCGUGCUGCUGCACGUGGCCAUCCGGACUCGGCCCUUCUUUGACAGCGACAAGACGGAGUUCCGGACCGCGUCCAUCCGCCUCUUCGGCCACCUCAACAAGGCGUGCCAUGGGGCCUGCGAGGACGUCUUCCUGGACCAGGUGGUGGGUGGGCUGGCGCCCCUCCUACUGCACCUGCAGGACCCUCAGGCCCCCGUGGCUGGGGCCUGCAGGUUCGCUCUGCGCAUGUGCGCCCGCAACCUGGAGUGCGAGGAGCUGGAGGACGUCUUCCGGCAGCACCUGCAGGAGGGGCGCGGCCUGCACUUCGGGGAGUUCCUCCACGCCGCCUGCCGGCCCCUGAUGCGCAGCUUCCCGGACCUGCUGGGGCGCCUGGUGAGCACGAGCCUGUUCUACUUCAAGAGCAGCUGGGAGGGCGUGCGCGCUGCAGCCCCGAUGUUCACAGGGGUCCUGGUGCUAAACGCCGAGCGCGAGCACCUCCCACAGGUGGACUUGGAGCAGCUCCUUGCGGCGCUGCGGCUGCUGCUCCAGGACCCUGCCCCCCGCGUGCGGGCGAGCGCCGCCGAGACACUGGGCCGCCUGGGGAAGUUCGCCUGAGCCCAAGCACCGCGGAGGAGCGCUGGCGGCCGGGGGCGGGGGGGAGCAGGCGCUGUGCCCACCCUGUUCUGCAAUAAACCGCUGCCCUCGGUGGGUGAC